UUUGUGUUUACUUCCUCCCAGCUGUUUCUUUGGCGUUCAAAAGACACCGAACUAAACAUAACUUGUUUUAAAAAACACGUACAUUCUUCAUGUAUUCCAAUUCAGUGUUUGUGUAGAUUUCUGUGGAUCGUGCGAUUAGGUUUUAUAACGCUUGGCUGCUGACUUCAAGCAACACAAAUAGGAUUCUGCUGGUUGUUUUGCUCUGAUUCACGGCAGCACUCCUGGCCUUCGUGACCCCAAUGCUCCUGUGUUGCCUGUUGCACUAAAAGAUAAGCAGAAGACCAGUUGUUGGGAGUUUAUGUAUCUGGGAUCUCUGCUUAUUUAACCAUGGGAGGGGCUGUGAGUGCUGGGGAGGAUAACGAUGACUUAAUCGACAAUCUGAAGGAGGCUCAGUACAUUCGCACCGCGAGGGUGGAGCAAGCCUUUCGAGCCAUUGACCGGGGAGAGUACUACCUGGAGGGAUACAGAGAAAAUGCCUACAAAGACUUAGCCUGGAAGCAUGGCAACAUUCAUUUGUCAGCACCAUGCAUUUACUCUGAAGUGAUGGAGGCACUGAAACUACAACAGGGGUUGUCCUUUCUCAACCUUGGAAGUGGAACUGGUUACUUGAGUACAAUGGUGGGCUUAAUCAUAGGUCCAUUUGGAGUUAACCAUGGAGUUGAGCUUCAUACAGAUGUGGUAGAAUACGCCAGGGAAAAGCUAGAUGAUUUUAUUAAACAUGGUGAUAGCUUUGAUAAGUUUGAGUUUUGCGAGCCCAGCUUUGUUGUUGGUAAUUGCUUGGAGAUUUCUUCAGACUGUCAUCAGUAUGACCGAAUCUACUGCGGUGCCGGAGUUCAGAAGGAUCAUGAGAACUACAUGAAAAUACUGCUGAAAGUAGGGGGAAUCCUUGUAAUGCCUAUAGAAGAUCAGCUGACCCAGAUAAUGAGGACAGGACAGAGCGCAUGGGAAAGCAAAAAUAUCCUUGCAGUGUCAUUUGCACCUCUUGUUCAGCCGAACAGAACAGACAGAAGCAAAACAGAUACAGUAAAUCUGCCUCCAAUAUCUGUUAGAAAUUUACAGGACUUGGCCCGCAUCUACAUUCGGCGCACCCUUAGAAACGUAAUCAAUGAUGACAUGCAGGCCAAAGGCACUACCCAGAGAGCACCUCAGAAGCGCAAAAGGAGGAGGUGCCGACUGCGUAGAAUCAACACCUAUGUGUUUGUAGGAAAUGAGCUAAUUCCCCAGCCUGUUGAUAGUGAGGAGGAUGAACAAAUGGAGGAGGAUAGUAAAGAGGAAGAAAAUGAGAGCAUCAAGCAAGAGGAGCCACCGCAAAAUCUGCUCAUAGAAAAAAUAAUGUCUUUGCCUUUACCAGAAUCUUUAAAAGCAUACUUGACAUACUAUAGGGACAAAUAACUCGCCUACUGAAACACUUGUAUUUUUAAAUCUAGGAUUUUUUUGGUGUAUCCAGUUUGGUCUUUAAGUAGAUGAGACUGCCAUGGUAAAGGCUGUCACACAUGAAAUCACUGAUUUACAGGCAAAGUUUUAUGAACCGAGUUAUAACCUGUAGGUUUAAAUCUAUUCUGCAAAGUCUGAGAAGCAACUGCUAAUGUUUCUUUCCUAUUUGUUCAUAACAAAACAUUGUUCUUGUGGACAUAGGAUUUAUCACCUACAAGCAAAAAAAAUAAAUAAAAAAUAACAAUUCUAACACAUCCUACUAAACAUAUAGUUCAAUCAAAGUUUGAAGCAUAAUUACGUUGGUUCAAGUUAUUUAUUGUGAUGGUCCAUCAAAAGACUUGAUGCUUUGAACAAUUUCCCUAAAGUGCUUGUUUUGAAAAUAUGUUUGCAAAUGUUUUGCUAUUAUGAAUUUAUAAGCAAAUGGUCAACAUAAUUACAUUAUGAUUGAAAUUAAACUUUCUUUGCCUUUGCAAAGAUAAUACAUGGGGGCUUGCAGUGGCACAAAGAGCAAAUGCACUUUAUUUGGUUUGACAUAAGCAUAUUAGGGCAGACUUUUCUGCUUUCAAAUUGUGUUUCUGAACACAGUUGUAGCUUACCAGCCACAGGUAAAUCAAUCCUUAUCACUUUAAAUGGUAGUAUUACAUUAUACUGGUAACUAUGUGUAGCUCUGGGACCUUUAAAGAAACAAGAUAUGUGUUGUUUUUUUUUCUUUUAUCUUAAAAACACAUUUGGUAAUGUUUUUUUUUUUCUUCUUUAAUUUCAUCUCUUUGCUGGAUGGAGUUUCCCAUCAAUUGUACUUGUCUAAAUUGAUUAGGCUUUGCUUAUUGGAAGAGUAUUGGUAAAGGCAGUGACAAGGAUGUGUUAAGAUAAUCUAUAGCUGUAUUUGUUUGUAUAGUAGGGAUAGCAGUGCUUUGAUUUGGUGAGGUGAUUGUGUAAAUUGCAAGGAUUCUUUUACAUUCCUUAAGUGUUUAUGAAAAAGAAGAAAAAAAAGAAACAUUUACAGCAUGGGAAACAUGUGGCCAUGUUUUGCUUGCCUGUUGCCAAACCACUUGUUACUACAUGGAAAUGCGGAGCACCUCGAUCACAACCAGCAUUUAUUUUGUACUACCUGUUUUAUUUUACUUUCAUUUAAAAUUAAAUUAUUGUAUUUUUAGUUUUCUUCAGUAGGUAUGAAAGAUACAAAGAAAACAGGUCAGGUAGU